GGGGCUAUAUUUAUUUUAUUUUUCAAUUUUCACCCAAAAAAAUACAAAAUAAGAAUUAAGAAACUGGAAAAUAUUAUCUGAUCUGAUGAUAUGAAUUAUGAUUAUGAUAUACCUUCAUAAUUGAAAGCUAUUUUGGAUUUUGGGUUUUUUUUUCUUACUUUGUUUAGAAAUUAGAAUUUUCUCAUUUUUAACACUCCGCGGUCUUCUCUCUGCUUUGUCUUCCUCCUUUCUCUCGUUGGUUCUCUCGCUCGGUCACUCUGCUCGAUUGAUCGAUCGAUCGGUCGUUCGUUACGAAUUCAUGAAUUGAGUGUCGGAUUCCCUCCUCGAUUGUUCGGUUGGGUUGCAUUUCCGGCAAUCUGCUACAGAUGGUGUCGGUGUUUCCGUUUCUCGGUGGUCGGAUUUCUCGUCGUUUUGAUUUAAAUACGAAGAAGAUCUAGGAUUAGGGUUUGUAAUAAUAGAGAGGAGAAAUGUUUAACAAAAUCAUAAAGCGUGGCCAUCGAAAGGUCCCCAAGUCUGAUACCAAUGAGGUAUUUGGUCGGAAGUCUGGAUCGAACAUUACCGUAAAUCAUGCUUCUCGAACUACCGUUGCGUCUUCUGUUGCCAAUUCUCAGCAACCGGCAGGAGGUGCUGCAAAUACUGGUGCCGGGCCAGAGCGGAGCAAUCUCCACGCCGCAGUCAUGGAGAUACUUCCGGUCUUCAAAGAUGUUCCCGUAUCUGAACGCCAGAAUUUGUUUAUACGCAAGCUGAAGAUUUGUUGCAUCCUCUUUGAUUUCUCUGAUACUUUAAAAUCAGUUCGGGAGAAGGAGAUGAAGCGUCAGACACUAAUUGAGCUUGUAGAAUUCAUGCAAUCAGGUUCUGGCAAGAUUACUGAGGCGGUUCAGGAAGAAUUGAUUAGGAUGGUUUCCGUCAAUAUUUUUCGUUGCCUACCUCCAGCUGCAUAUGAGAACACCGGAGCUGAAAAUCAAGAUCCAGAAGAAGAGGAACCUUAUCUCGAGCCUUCGUGGCCUCACUUGCAGAUUGUGUACGAGCUGCUUCUUAGGUAUGUUGUGUCGUCCGAAACUGAUACUAAGAUUGCAAAGCGAUACAUAGAUCAUUCCUUUGUUUUGAAACUCUUGGAUCUGUUUGAUUCUGAGGAUCCCCGUGAGCGGGAGUACUUGAAAACCAUUCUUCAUCGAAUUUAUGGGAAGUUCAUGGUGCACCGCCCAUUUAUAAGGAAAGCAAUAAACAAUAUCUUUUACCGCUUUAUUUUCGAGACAGAGAGACAUAGUGGAAUUGGCGAGCUAUUGGAGAUUCUUGGAAGCAUAAUAAAUGGAUUUGCCCUGCCAAUGAAGGAGGAACAUAAGCUGUUCCUUGUUCGGGCCCUUAUCCCACUCCACAAGCCUAAACAAGUUUCCUUGUAUCACCAGCAGCUGUCAUACUGCAUUACACAGUUUGUUGAAAAGGAUUACAAACUAGCAGAUACCGUUAUAAGGGGUCUGCUGAAGUACUGGCCGGUCACCAACUGCCAAAAGGAGGUCCUCUUUCUUGGAGAACUAGAAGAGGUGUUGGAGUUUACACAACUUGCAGAGUUCCAGCGUUGCAUGGUUCCUCUUUUUAGACAGAUUGGACGCUGCCUCAAUAGCUCUCAUUUCCAGGUGGCAGAAAGAGCCCUCUUCUUGUGGAACAAUGAGCACAUUGUGAGCUUGAUUGCCCAGAACCGGAGUGCGAUAUUCCCAAUUAUCUUUGAGGCGCUAGAGAAGAACAUGGAGAGCCAUUGGAACCCGGCAGUCCAUGGGCUUACAGCAAACGUGAAGAAGAUGUUUCUGGAGAUGGACAACGAGCUGUUUGAACAAUGCGAGAGGCAGUACAUUGAGAAAUCGGCAAAUGCCAAAGGCUUGGAAGAGCAGCGAGAAUUGUUAUGGAAGAGACUAGAAGCUGUUGCAGCAAAGUCUGGGGGAGAGGAUAUGGUUUUGGUUAGCUGAUUAACUUUAGUAGGGUGAACUGAAUCCCCAUCCAUCUAGUAGGUGAUUGAUGGACGGAUAAUGUUCACCUCAUUCCAUUCUAGUCGGGUUUUUAAUUUUUAUUCUCUUUUUGGGGGUCUCGCUUUGGAAUAUCAAGAAAGUGGGAGUUAGUGUAAUUUAAAAUUGUAUCAAAAUAUGUGGAUAAUGUGCUGGAGGAUUAUGAAUGCUUGUGAAGAUUUCCACUAAAUUUUUCUCCAAAUGGAAGUAUCAAAAUUAUAUUCUUUUUA